CUGUUGCCAGCGGGCUGGUCAGGUGCAGGGGCGUCAAAACAUCAGCUUUACACGACACAGGGUCACAUUAUUUCACAGACAAACAGACGCGCCCUCCACUAUAUGACAACGACACAACAUCCACAGGUUCCAAACCAACAGCAGACCUUGAGCAAGGCACAUCGCAGAAGAGACAGAAGCAAAGGAGAUAUAAUAUUGAUUAUAUUGUACUUUUGGAGCUGCAUUCAGUAAUUGGACCUACACCAACUAUUUUAUCAGUUGAAUUUGAUCUCUUUUGGCCAGACCACAUGAACAUGAUUGGGAAAACUAUUUUGCUAAUCUGUCUGGCUGUCUUAUUUUCUGCAGAUGCAGAGGACCGAUCCAGACUCUACAGGAGGCCUUCCUGUGGGGAUAUGAGCCUAACCCAGGCGUGCCCGCUCAACUACUCCCCAGUGUGUGGCAAUAAUGGAAACACUUACCCCAACGAGUGCUCUCUGUGUGUUCACCGGCUGGAAACCAAUGCAGACAUCUUGAUAGUGAAAGAUGGAAGUUGCUGAAGAGAAGGCCUUCUGAUUAUUCUGCCGUGGAAGUGAUAAUAUUAUCACAUGUAUCUUUGAUUCUUUCUGUGAUUGUUAGAAUUGGUUGUAGAAGUUGUUUUUUAUGGAACACUCAUGCAUGCGCAUACACUCACACACUCACUCACACACACUUUAUAUAAUCAUAUUGAUUUGUAUUACAUUGUAACACUAUCUUUGUAAAAAAUAAAUAGAUUUUUCAGUCCCA